AUGUCCGACGACCUUCGCCGUGCACUACUCGAAAAGCUGGGCAAGGCCGACGCCCAGCUGGGCGCGGCCUCGCAGCCCGCUCCCGCGGCGCCCGCUCCCGCAGGGCUCCCUACCUGGCACGACUUCUUUCAGCAGAACGCCCGCGUGCAGAUAGGCGACCGCGGCCUCGAUUUCAAUACCUACUUCUCGCUGCCCGCCGCGUCAGAGCUCGCGGACCCCUCCAACACCACUUCCGUGCCCAUAUUUAUUUUCCACCACGGCGCUGGGUCCUCCGGGCUCAGCUUCGCCCCACUCGCCAAGGCCCUGCACGAGCAGCUGGACGGCCGGUGCGGCUCCUUCGCCUUCGACGCUAGGGGCCACGGCCUCACCGCGCCCGUCGACGCCGCGGCGCACCCCGCGGACUACAGCCUCGACGCCUUCGUGCGCGACUUCCGGGAGCUUAUCGCGUGGUUCCACCACACUCAUCUGCAGGCGCUCCCAGCCUCGCCCACCUUCACGCUUGUCAUCACGGGCCACAGCCUUGGAGGCAGCAUAUGCACCAACGUCUUCCCGAGCCUCGACCCUGCGCUGCGCACAAAAGUCGCCGGCCUCGCGAUGCUCGACAUCGUCGAGGAGGCCGCCAUCCUCGCCCUCAGCAAGGUCGACUCUUUCCUCAGCAACACGCCCAACGUCUUCCCCAGCUAUGCAAACGCGAUAGACUGGCACGUAAAAAGAGGCCUCUCGCGCCUCAGGUCAAGCGCCGAGAUCGUCGUCCCCAGUCUAUUUGUGCCCACGUCCUCCGGUAAGGUCGUGCGCAGAACCAAUCUGCAGAUCUUCAAGCCGUUCUGGGAUACCUGGUUCCAGUCGCUCUCUCGCAGGUUUGUAGCUCUGCCCACUAGCAAGCUUCUGAUUCUUGCCGGCAACGACAACCUGGACCGCGAGCUCAUGAUAGGGCAGAUGCAAGGUAAAUUUCAGCUGGUAGUCUUUCAAGAGUCCGGCCACUUCAUUGAGGAGGACGCUCCUGUCAAGACCGCCAUAACCCUCGUAGACUUCUGGAGGCGCAACGACACCAAGAGUGUUGUUAUCAAGACAAACUGGACUAAAAAGGCCAACACCUAA